AUGGCACCGAUGCCAGGCCCACCGACCCAAGUGGUCACGGAUUGGGAAUCAGCUAUGGACUCCGAUGGCUCCCAACAAGAUAGGAGCUCACAUGAUUCCACAGAUGGCAGCGACAACCCAGGAUUCUGGGGUGAUAGUCUCCCUGCCAAAAAGAAGCUCUUCAAGACACCUAUGAAACAUGCUACACUUAAAUAUCCUGAUCGACAUCGGUCCUCUUCUGAUGACUCACAAAACCGUUCAAGGGGUUCCCCCUGCCGCUUUGUACAUGCAAAUCGCAAGUAUUCAGUGCACCUGUGCAGGCGCCUCCUGAUCCCCAUCUGCCAUCUUCAGAAAUGGCUGCUAACACCUUACAUUUUAUUUCUGGAACUGCAGGCUCUUCUGGCGUUCUUACCUGCUAAAAAUGAUCUACUUUCUAUGGCAUCUGACUUGAAGUCAGCGUGGCAACAGGAUCUCAAGCAGAUCAGAGCAGAGGUUUCUAAGUUACAGUCUCAAGUACAGAACCUUGAAGAUUUUCGCUCCUCAGUGACCUCUCAAGUUCAGGCUCUGCAAGCCACCACAAAAUCCCUUUCCCUGCAACAGACUGCAACAUUGAUAAUCGGAACCGCUCAUACUACCUCAUUCACCUCGACUUCAUGGACUGGGCAGUCCGGUGACCUCCAGACCGUCCUUAAAUAUUUCUCCACUCUCAUGGCACCUGACAUUAAAAUGGGCUCGCGCAAUGUGAAAGUCUUCAGGACCCCAGAAAAAAGAGCACAAGCCCUCUACUCCCUACAUAGACAUAAACCCCACUCAACGUGGAGAUUAAAUGAGUCCCUUCUCAUGGAGGCCCUUUGUCUCCAGGAGCUGAAGGACGCCAUAUCUCAUUUUUCUCAGGACCAUCAAUCCGUUCCCUCGUCACCCAUGGUGAAGUGGGAAGCUCUCAAAUGCCUCUUCAAAGAGUUAUAUACAUUCUUGUUUUCAUUUAUCCAGGCAAUGACAGAUAAAAACUCCUUCAUCUCGGAAGUCAUCCUUCUCGGUUUCCAAAAUCUCCAUAAUUUCCAACUUUUAUACUUUACUCUACUUUUGGUGAUUUACUUUACAACUGUGAUGGGAAAUCUUCUGAUCAUCAUCUUGGUCUCCUCUAGUAAGACCCUUCAUUCUCCGAUGUACUUCUUCCUCUCACAUCUCUCUUUAUCUGACCUCCUGCUCAGUACAGAUAUUGUCCCACAAACACUAUCAAUAGUCCUGAAUGGGACCGGCACCAUAUCUUUUACGAGUUGCCUCACACAAUUUUAUUUUUUCUCAGUGUCUGAAUGUUCGGAGUGUCUUCUCCUCACUGUGAUGUCUUAUGACCGAUUUUUGGCAAUUUGCAACCCGUUACGUUAUCACAGUAUAAUGAGCUGUACGUUGCGUGUUAUGUUGGUCACCAUGUCUUGGCUGUUAAGUUUCUUGAUCGUAUUGAUUAAUACAACAACAAUAGGUUUUCUACACUUUUGUGGGCCCAACGUGAUUGACCAUUUCUUUUGUGACUAUGCACCCAUAUUAGAGCUUUCCUGCUCAGAUGUCUCUGUAGUUCAGCUGGAAGUCAUGCUCCUUGGUUUUCCGGUGCUUGUUCUUCCAUUUGGAAUAAUUUUGGUUUCCUAUGUUUAUAUUUUACAAGUAAUUUUAAAAAUCUCAUCCAUCACUGGAAGACACAAAGCCUUCUCCACCUGCAGCUCCCACCUCACUACCGUAUCCCUGUUUUAUACAACUUUGUUCAGUAUUUAUGUCCUUCCAACUGGACGAUCAUUGUCCACAAGUAAAAUCCUAUCUAUGUUUUACACAAUGGGAACCCCGCUGAUAAACCCCAUUAUAUACAGCUUGAGGAACAAAGACAUUAAAGAGGCUUUUAAAAAAGUUAUCAAUGUGGUUUGA